ACUUCUCGGCGUUAGGACCGCGCACGGCUCUGUGAGUGCGCAAAUCCCUGCAUAGAGACCGUUCGUUCUCUCCAUCAGAAUAGCUCGGAGGCUGUUUGCUGCGGUGCGGAGCCAUCACCAACUCUCCUCCUCCCGCUCGGUCUUCUGAUCCAGCAGAACACCGACCGAACCUGAACCAUCUGGGCAUAUCUCCGGGGGACGGAGCCCUCCUUAUGGGCUCACAAUGCGCAGGAUACGGGCCAACGCCAUCGCAAUCUUGACUGUAGCGUGGAUCCUGGGAACAUUUUAUUACCUGUGGCAGGACAAUAAGCCGUACACAUCAUCCCCGUCCUCGGCCUCGCAACCCCGCGUCGGGGACAGCAGGAGCCAUGCCGGGCGACCUGACAUCCACCGAGAUGACAGUCACAGGACCAUUCCGCUAAUCAUGACCCGGUCCCCGCGGGUGGAUCCGCAGCAGCAGGGUCAGCUCACAGGGAGUUUCGAUGAGAAGGCGUACCUGUUGGGGAAACAGCUGAAGGUGGGAGACGACCCUUACAGAGACCACGCCUUCAACCUGGCCGAGAGCGACCGACUGGGCUCCGAGCGGGUCAUCAGAGACACACGACACUACAGAUGUGCCUCCGUGAAUUACGACGCUGACCUUCCUCCUACGAGCGUCGUCAUCACCUUCCACAAUGAAGCACGCUCCACCCUGCUACGCACCAUCAAAAGUGUCCUGAUGAGGAGCCCUCCCUCUUUGAUCCAGGAGAUCAUCCUGGUAGACGACUUCAGUACCGACCCUGAGGAUUGCCAGCUGCUCUCCCAGAUCCCCAAAGUACGCUGCCUGAGGAACAGCCGCCGAGAGGGUCUGAUCCGGUCCCGGGUACGAGGGGCGGGAUCUGCCUCCGCCUCCAUCCUGACCUUCCUGGACAGCCACUGUGAGGUCAACACUGACUGGCUUCAGCCCAUGAUACAGAGGGUCAAAGAGGACCAUACCCGGGUUGUCAGCCCCAUCAUCGAUGUUAUCAGCCUGGAUAACUUUGCCUACUUGGCAGCUUCCGCUGACUUGAGGGGAGGGUUUGACUGGAGUUUACACUUUAAAUGGGAACAGAUUCCCAUCGAACAGAAGAUGUCCAGGAAUGAUCCUACUCUGCCUAUCAGAACUCCAGUGAUUGCAGGAGGGAUCUUUGUGAUGGACAAGAGCUGGUUCAACCACCUGGGGCAAUACGACACUCACAUGGACAUCUGGGGAGGAGAGAACUUUGAGCUGUCCUUCAGGGUAUGGAUGUGUGGCGGGAGCCUGGAGAUUCUGCCCUGCAGCAGGGUGGGACACGUCUUCAGGAAACGCCACCCCUACGACUUUCCAGAGGGCAAUGCUCUCACAUACAUCAAGAACACGCGUCGAGCAGCAGAGGUGUGGAUGGACGAGUAUAAGCAGUACUACUACUCAGCAAGGCCCUCAGCGCAGGGCAAGGCCUUUGGCAGCAUUGCAGAGCGCCUGACUCUGAGACGCAAACUGAACUGCAAGUCAUUCCGUUGGUAUAUGGAGAACGUUUACCCUGAACUACGGAUCCCAGAGCAGGAUGCAGUGUCCAGUGUGUUGAGGCAGGGAGGACUGUGUCUGGAGAGCCUUGGUUCAGACAGCCUGGGUCUGGCAGAGUGUAGAGGCUCUGGAACGAUGAUGCCGCAGUCACAGAGAUGGCAGCUGAUGGAGCCUCUCCUACGCCAGCAGGACCUGUGUCUCGCCAUCACAGCUUUUACUGCCGGGUCAAAGGUCAAAAUGGAACCUUGCAGCAACAAGGAGCCCCGACAGAAGUGGAAGCCGAAGGGACCAGCCCUGCAGCACAUGGUCAGUGGUCUGUGUCUGGACAGUCAGCCUCCGGCUGGCCCUCCAGCCAUCACUCAGUGUCGCUCCCAGCUGGCCAGUCAGGUCUGGGAGCCGCAACUCAUCACCUGAUUAUCUGAACCCUGGUGGCUGGGGAGAGGAGGAGGAGGAGGGAGGAGGAGGAGAUACACUAGUGGCUGGAGAGAGGAGGAGGAGAUACACUA